GAAACCCGCCGUCCGACCUCUCAUCCUUAAAACCCUCACCCCCCUCCCCUCCCCCCCCGCCCCCCUCUCCCUUCUUCGAUCUCCAUCUCGCCUCGUCGCCAUGGUUCUAGAGGCCACCAUGAUCUGUAUCGAUAAUUCGGAGUGGACGCGGAAUGGGGACUACUCGCCCUCCCGAUUCCAAGCCCAAGCCGAGGCUGUCAAUCUCAUUUGCGGAGCUAAAACGCAGUCAAAUCCGGAGAAUACAGUGGGCGUGCUGACGAUGGCAGGCAAAGGGGUCCGUGUUUUGGUCACGCCGACCAGUGAUCUUGGAAAGAUCCUAUCUUGCAUGCAUGGGCUGGAAAUUGGUGGUGAGUUGAACUUGACUGCCGGGAUCCAGGUUGCUCAGCUGGCUCUUAAACACCGCCAAAAUAAGAAGCAGCAACAAAGGAUCAUAGUUUUUGCUGGAAGUCCAAUUAAAUAUGAUAAGAAGACAUUGGAGGCAAUUGGAAGAAAGUUGAAGAAGAACAGUGUUUCUCUUGAUAUUGUUGAUUUUGGAGAAUGUGAUGAUGGCAAACCUGAAAAACUAGAGACUCUUAUUUCUGUUGUAAACAAUAAUGACAGCAGUCACAUAGUUCGUGUGCCUCCUGGGCCAAAUGCUCUUUCUGAUGUACUUAUGAGUACACCAAUCUUUACAGGAGAUGGAGAUGGAGGAAGUGGUUUUGCUGCUGCUGCAGCUGCUGCUGCAGCUGGUGGCAUGUCUGGAUUUGAUUUUGGUGUGGAUCCUAACAUAGAUCCUGAGUUGGCUCUUGCACUUAGGGUUUCAAUGGAAGAGGAGAGGGCCAGGCAAGAAGCUGCUGCAAAAAAGGCUGCGGAGGAGGCUGCUAAACAAGAAAAAGAGGGGGAACAGGCUUCGAGUUCCCAUGAUGCAACUAUGGCUGAGCCAGACAGUAGUUCAGCAUCUGCAGUUGAUGAUAAAAGACAUAAGUUGACUGAUGAUGAGACUGCAUUGCUAGAACAGGCUCUUGCAAUGUCCAUGGAUGAUCCUAAGUCCACUAAUGUGGCUGUGGCAGAUACUGAUAUGUCAGAGGCUACAGCAGAUGACCAAGAAUUAGCAUUUGCCCUUCAAAUGUCUGUUCAGGAUAAUGUGAAGGACUCGUCAACCCAUUCUGAGAUGAGCAAGGCAUUGGAGGACCAGUCAUUUGUUUCAUCAAUCCUGAAUUCGCUUCCAGGUGUUGAUCCUAAUGACGCUUCAGUGAAAGAUUUGCUAGCAUCUUUGCAAGGCCAAUCUGAAGUAUGUGUACGAACCUUGCCGCUGCAAAAGCAAAAUGAAGAUAAGCCAGAAAACGAGGGUGAUAAGUAAAUGAUUCCCGAUAGGCUGCCCGUGCCUGCUUGUUCUCCAAUGGUCAGGUAUCCGUACUUUGCUCUGAGUUGUGCCCACUAGCAUUGACAGCUCAAUUGUUGCAGUCAUGGAUAAGAGCAAGCCUGCUAUUUCACUAGAACCCAGGAAAAAGACAUUUUUAAGAAGCUAGCUGUGGCCUUCCAACUGGAGAGCUAACAUUUUCACAGACCUGUUUGUCUGUCCGUUGAUUCAGUUCUGAGUUGUCGGUUUUUUUUUUUUUUUUUGAAGAGUAGCUAAUCCGUGUUGAUCUCUAUCACAAGUGAUUCCUUUGAAUGAAUCUGAAAAUAAACAUUCAGGAUAUGAAAAGUUGCAUGCCAUGUCA